AUGCGCGAAGCUAAAUAUAUCCCGCCCUCAGCGACCCGGCCCGAUACCCAAAACAACCAGAAUAUACCUUCAAAAGCCAACCUCGAUAACGCUACGACAGCUCAAAGCAAACCCAAGCGUCGCACGAAGAAGUAUCGCGCCAUCGAACGUCCUGACGGUAUCAUCGUCGAGUAUCCUCGAUAUCGACCGGCAGGCUCAUUGCAGAAGCCAACAAUCGGGUUCAAACAAGACUUGAUCCCUUCGAACUACAAUUGCACGCAACACAAACCCACAAAAGAACCAACGCCGAGCAAUGCAAGACACGAUCUUGUGGGCAUAGGGAGUUCUUUCUGUGAGGUGUCUGCAGAUAACAUCGGCAGUGACGUGUGUAUCGGACCUCUAGGAAGAGGAAGAGCAGGAUACAACGAAGAGGCUACAUGCAAGAAUGCAUGUAUUCAUGUAGUUGCGGACAGAGGCGAGCAGCAGCUCUACCACGGGUCUACGCCGAUGGCUCGUUUCCUACUUGAGCAAGGGCCUUGGAGUUCUUUUCCCCUCCACAAAGUUCCACAAGAGUCUUUGGAGCUAUACAGGCCUUCAGCAUCAUUAGUGUCGAAAGGGAUUGCUACGGGGGGAAACUCGGCAUCUUGGUGCACUUGA